CGUGCGGCGUGAAUCGCCAUCCCAGGAAAUGAGAACAGGUCGAUUUUUUCUUCUUGGGUCAACUUUGCCCAGCUUACAUAAUUGAAAAUAAUUCACAGCGACAUCUACCUUUCUUUCGUUUACGCAAAAUCAUAUUCAAUUGUAGUGAGAUGCCGUGUUAAGUUCAAUACAAUGAAUGCAAUUCGGAUGCUGUCCCGGCGGCGGCCGUUGUUGACCUCCCACGGCUCCCGGCGGUUACUAGAUGUGGCGACAAGGUCACGGCAGCCAGCCAGAUUUGCAUUCGUCGGUUCCUCUACUCCCGAGACAGAGACUGGCAGUAGCAGCAGCGACAGCAGCCCCGGCACCAAGUUCACUCCCAGAGAAACGCUGCUCACGCUCGCAAUAGAAACAUCAUGCGACGACACGUGCGUAGCGCUGGUUGAGAAGGAGCGCGGCCCUGGAGGCGCGGCGAGGGUUCUCUUCCACCAGCGCGCCACGGCUGACAACAGCAUGUUUGGCGGCAUCAACCCGCUGCCGACCCUCGAGUCGCACACCGCCCUGCUCGCCAAGAUGGUCAGGUCCGCCGUGAAUGCGCUGCCGCAGGACGCGGCCACGGGCAACUCCUCUUUCUCGACGGCGUUCACCAGGAGCAAGCCCGACAGUAGCAUCCCCCGUCGCCUCCCCGACUUUGUGUCGGUCACCAGGGGCCCCGGGAUGGCAGCGGCGCUCUCCGUGGGUCUGAGCACGGCCAAGGGGCUCGCCGUCGCCUGGAAGGUGCCGCUCGUUGGCGUCCACCAUAUGCAGGCCCACCUGCUGACGCCCAGGCUCAUGUCGGCCAUGCGGAAGCCGUUUUACGAGUGGGAAAAGGAGAGGGCGGCUUUGACUCGGGAGGCUUUCGUUUCGGAGAAGGAAGAGAAAUCAGGAUCGCUGAAGAAAGCCCGUUCUUCGCAAUCGGACCCGAAGGCGCAGGAUCCAAAGGAAUACGACUGGCCCCGCUAUCCCUUCUUCACCCUCCUCGUUUCAGGCGGGCACACCAUGCUCAUGCGCAGCAAGAACCUCGUCCAGCACUCGACCGUCGCCGAAGUCGAAGGCUUCGCGGCCGGCGACGCGCUCGACAAGUGCGCGCGCGCCAUCCUCCCGCCCAAAUACCAAGGCAAGACCAGCAGCUUCGGACAACUGCUCGAGGAGUUUGUGUUCCCCAAGAACCUCAAGGAUUACAGCAGCGUGUACAGAGCGCCCAGAAACCGCGCGGAGCACAGCUCCACCGUGUCCCCGCGGCGGCGCGUCCUCAUGGACCGCGCCGCCGAGAGGCGGUCCCCCCUCAACAUCAUCUACACAGAAGAAAACGGGCCCAGGUACCCCUGGGCGCUCAAGCCGAUGAUGGCCGAGUCGCGCGAGAUGAAGUACGCCUUUGGCGGGCUCCUCGAUCAGGUGCUGCGCAUAGUCAAGGAGAGGACGGCGGCCGGCGCCUUUGACUUGGAGGAGCGCCGCGUCCUUGGCUACGAGACCAUGAGGAUCAUGUUUGAGCACCUCGCGUCGAGGGUGGUGCUCUCCCUCACGUCCUACCGGGACAGUAGUAGAAAGAAGAACCCCGGACAAGGACCAACCGCGGCGAGGCUGCUGAUGUCGGGUGGCGUGGCGAGCAACAAGUUCCUGCGCUACGUCGUGCGCAGUAUGCUCGAGGCGUACCACUUCAACCCCGUCCAAGUCAUCGGACCGCCACCUCACCUGUGCGUCGACAACGCGGCCAUGAUCGGCUGGGCGGGCCUGGAGAUGUUUGAGGAGGGCUUCACCACGGACCUGGGCGUGCUGCCGAAGAAGAAGUGGUCGCUCGACCACAAGGUCGAAGGUGGCAUCUUGGGAUCGGGUGAUUCCCCGACCAGUCCCUACGACGGCUGGAUCCAUAACUCGAUGCCUACUGUCAAAGAUGACAAGAUGGCUAACGUGGUUAACGUGAUUGGCCAUAGGCAAAAAGAUGACUAAUUGUUGACCUUUGGCCAAUAAAUUGCGAGGUGUAGGACUCGGGAUACAAAGUUGUCUAUUCGUUGGACACGGGAACGGCACUGAGCUCAAAAUGUAUGUAUAAGAAGAAGAAAAAAAAUGUAUCAUAUGUAUAUUACAGGCAACUACAUCGAGGCUGUUAUCAAAGCAAUGAGAACUAGACCAGAGCAGUAUAUCAAAGCUUCUGGCUUGGUAGAUGUGAGAUUGGGAAAAUGCUCCGAAGGGGUACAGUUCUCGAUCAGCACACCCCUUUUGUCUUUCCGGGCAUUCCUCUUUCCCCAGCUCUCGACUCUGUAGCCUUGGUCGCCACCCAGCGUUGUCUACCCGG